GCUUUCAUCCGGGAACUACAACGAAUUGCUUCUCCAACAUGGCGGCGUCAGCUAAGAAGAAGAAUAAGAAGGGAAAGACCCUCACUCUGAAUGACUUCCUGGCAGAAGACGGUGGAGGCGGUACUCCUGCUCCUAGCUACCCAUCCAAGUCCACGAGCUGGGCUGAUGAGACCGACGACCUGGACGGAGAUGUUGCCACAUCUUGGCACACUGAGGAGGAUACGUACCGGGCCCCACCCAUUGACCGGUCCAUCCUGCCCACGGCUCCUCGCUCGGCACGUGAGCCCAACAUCGACCGCGCCAGGCUGCCUCGCAGCCCACCGUACACCGCCUUCCUGGGAAACCUGCCCUACGACGUCACAGAGGACUCGAUAAAAGACUUCUUUCGCGGCUUGGCGAUCAGCGCAGUACGUCUGCCUCGAGAGCCCAGUAACCCAGAGAGGCUGAAAGGUUUUGGAUAUGCUGAAUUUGAUGACCUGGAGUCCCUCCUGCAGGCCCUCAGUCUGAAUGAAGAGAACUUGGGGAACCGGAGGAUUCGCGUCGACAUUGCAGACCAGUCAAAUGAUAAAGAACGAGACAGUGGAUCCAUGGGAGGCAGAGACAGGGGUGGACGAAUGGCAGACAUGGGUCCCGACAAGACAGACAGCGACUGGAGAGCUAGGCCAAGUGCCGACAACGAUGAUGGACCUCCACGGAGGGAUGAUGCUUUUGGCGAAAGAUCACGGGACCGGUAUGAGUCAGACCGUUACAGAGAGGGGUCACGACGGGACGAUCGCUAUGAUGGAGGAAGAGACCGCUAUCGUGAUCGCUAUGACGACAGAGACCGCAGGGACCGCUAUGACGACAGGGACCGCAGAGACUAUGAUAGAGGAGGCUUCGACUCCCGUGGUGGUGGAGGAGGUCGUCGUGCCUUUGGAAGCAGCUUCCGUCGAGAUUAUGAAGAUGGUCGAGGUAGCAAUGAUCGUUACGGCGACAGGGAUCGUUAUGGCGACCGGGAUGACCGGUACGAUAGACGAGAUGACAGGCGCGAGGAGAGAGCUCCUCAGCAAAGACCUAAGUUGAACCUGAAGCCCCGCAGCGUACCGAAAGAGGAGGAGGGUAACAGCAGCGGAGGCACAUCCCCGGCUGCCCCUCCGAGCUCUGGAGGCAGGUCCUCAUCCAUAUUCGGUGGGGCAAAACCAGUUGACACGGCAGCCAAGGAGAGGGAGGUGGAAGAGAGGCUGAAAAAAGAAGAGGAGAGGCUGCAAAGACAACUAGAGGUGGACAAAAGCCGAGUACCUGAAAGGAAGAUGAGAGACAGGGACCCCAGCUGGCGCAACGAGGAAACUCAAUCUGAGCGAUCUCGCACAGAAAGUGAGUCUUCGCAGCCAGGAAGCACCUCUGGGAGAGGGUCGAGGUGUCUAGAUGGCGAGCGCUCUGGGGAGAAUGAGGUUUUCUCUGGGAGAGAAGGAAACUCCUCCCCCGGCUCCUCGCCGCGGCCGACCUCCACCGGCUCCUCAAAGGAGCCGCUGAAAGUGAUGCCGGCCCCUCCUCCCAAGGAGAACGCUUGGGCCAAAAGAAGUGCUGUGAGCACAGGCUCCAACGAGGGAGAAGGUCGGCCCCCGGUCUCUCCCGUCUCUCCGAGCGGUUCGGCUCCCCCAAAGUUCAGCUCGCCAAGUUCUGGAGAUGAAAGAGGGCCUGGAAAAGAUGAGAACAAGGCUGAUGGUGUGCGUCGGGACCGAGGGGCCCCACGGACACGAGGGGGGCCUGCAGGGUCUGGAGCUGGGCGGGGCCGAGGAGAGGUGCCCAACAAAGACAGAAAAAAGGAGGCAGACAGAAAGGACAACAAAAGAGACUCCAGACCUCCUCCAGAGCCAAAGAAAUACGAGGAAACCCCAACCCCCAAGUUCAGCUCAGCCAGCAAAUACGCCGCUUUGCUAAUGGACGGAGACCAAGGAGACGACACCGAGGACGUCGAGUAGAUGACGAAACGAGGCCUGAUAGCGCGUCAAGAGGAGAAAGUGACAAACUCCAGAGAAAAAGAAAAAAAAAAAAGAAUCUCACAUAGUCUAUAAAAACAAAAUCUUCUCACACGGAAGUGGCUCUCAGGGGAGGGGGCCACUACCUCCCUGCCCCCCCUCCCCUUUUCCUCCCUCUCCCUUGUUUUUCCUGCAACAAUCCUGUCCUUCACCUUCAAUCCACCCAACCAUCCAUCCAUCCCUUCUCUCCUUGCCCCACCCUCUGGACUUUUCAGGUUCUAGGGGAAAACAGUCACCUACUGGACUUGUUUUAAAUGGAAAAGCUGACACAUGGAAAAGUGAUGGCAAACCUUGAAUUAAUUGUAAUAAAUAAAUGGAAAAAGUGAGGAAAAAAAAAUGAAUUUGUACAUUUUUGGAUUCCAGGCGUGCUGAGGUAGGAUUUGAUCAAAUGAGCCGUAGCUUACUACUAAGUGGAGCUUUUUUUUUAAUGAGCAGUAUUUAACUUGCAUACUUCUUAGAAAAAUGCAGUUUUUUGCUCUUUGUAUCUCCUGGUAAAUGAUUCGGUAUUGGAAAAUGAACUCAGCAAAUUUAUCAAUGAACCCUGUCUUCCACUAAUAGCGCUCAAGAAUGUCGACUUUGGCUAUUAAUUUACCCCCUACCCCUCUUCUGUCAAUCAUGUUCAACAAAUUAGGGACUUUUAAAUUGUUCUGAAUCGCAGUAUUAGCAGAGAGGACUAACAGACUGCGGCGCCUGUACAUCAAGACCGAAAGAGAAGCGGCCGCCGCUUGAUUCUCCUGGAGAAUCCAUGAAAGUGCCAUUACUGUUUUUUCCACCAAUCGCUGUACAGAUCUUCCUGUGUUUCUACGCUUUUUGAUGAAGUAUCCGCAUCAGUUAAAUGCCCAUAAAAGUUUGGUUUUCAGUCAUGUGAAAGCUUCUCUGCAGCUGUCUGAAUCAUUUACUCUUCCUGCAUAUCUCCACACUGAUACCACGGGGGAUAAGGCUUGGCUUUACCAAAGUAGCGUUUGAGGAUUUCCAUGAAAUGACAAAAGCUUGUCUUCCGGUUUGCAAUAAAUUGGAGUGAUUAUGUA